AUGAGCGUUGCUAAGGUUGUUAAGCAACCAAUUACUAGUCAGUACACUAUAUCUAAAGAGCAAAGCCCUAAAAGAGAAAAAGAGGUUGAAGCUAUGAAGGAUGUACCAUAUUCAAAAGUUGUAGGGUCAGUCAUAUAUCUUAUGGUAAGUACAAAACCUGAUUUAGGCUAUGCUAUGAGUGUACUCAAUAAAUAUAUGGAAAAUCCAGGAAAAGUUCACUGGUUGGCCAUGAAAUGGGUGUUUAGAUACCUACUUGGGACAACUAAAGUGGGAUUAGUCUACAAGCGACAAAAUGCUAGCACUAUAAUAGAAGGAUACAGUGAUUUAGACUAUGCUGGGGACAUAGAUAAUAGGAGAUCUACAUCUGCCUAUUUUUUCUUGCUUGGGGGAAAUUGUGUUGGCUGGAAAGUCCAGCUACAACCUGUUGUGGCACUCUCAACAACAGAGGCUGAAUAUGUUGCCACAACAGAAGCUAUAAAGGAAGCUAUAUGCCUAAAAGGACUAUUGAAUGAGCUUAAACUACUUAAAGGUGUUCCUACAGUGUACUCAGACAGCCAAAGCUGUAUAUUUCAAUGCAAAAGCCCUAUGUUCCAUGACAGAACAAAACAUAUAGAAAUCAAGUAUCACUUUAUACGAGAUAAAGUGACUCAAGGUGAAGUAAAAAUUGAGAAGGUGCCUACUGAGGACAACCCAACAGACAUGGGUACUAAAAUUGUGACUCUUAAUAAGUUCACACAUUGUAUGAACUUAUUAAGAAUCGACCUAGGAGACUAA